CUAAGAGCCUGGGCACCCCACACCUGGAUUCUCAAAUAAAUCAGCAAAAUUUAUGGAUUGGCUAACAGGUUUGGGGCACUGAAACUGAUCAUAACAUGGUAAAAAAAAGUUCUAGCCCUCAAGGAGAAUUACACUUUAGUGAGGGGGCGGGGCCUAGACUCCUGGGUCUGAGGGAGGAGGACGUUGGGGUCCGAACUCUUGUGUCAGAGGGAAGAGGGGCUGGGGGCCUGGACUCCUGUGUCAGAAGGAGGAGGGUUUUGGGGUCCUGGACACCCAUCGGGGUCUGAGGAUGGAGAGGUUGGGGGUCUGGACUCCUAGGUGAGAGGAGGGAGGGGCUGGAUUCCCAGGCCGCCAAGGUGGAGAGGUGAUCCAGCUGGAGCAUGGCCCGCCCCAGCCCUCACGCGCCCCGUUAUCUCGAAUCCUGGGCAGGGAGGGGAGGGGGCAGCAAUAUAUUUAGUCUCUGUCCUCGCCCUUUAUCUCAGUGUCCUCAGUGAGGCUUGAGCAGACCGGACGAGACAGAAGCCCCAGGGGCCUUCAAGGUCACUCCGGACGCCCCCUCACUGACCCUCCAAGAGCCCCUUGUCCCCUGCUCUGCCUUCCGCAACCCCUGGCUUGAGACUCAGCAUGGCGGACCGGAGCGGCGAUGCGGCGGAGGACCCGCCUCCCGCGCCACCCCCUGUACGACGCCGCUCCUCAGCCAACUACCGCGCCUACGCCACGGAGCCGCACGCCAAGAAAAAGUCUAAGAUCUCCGCCUCGAGAAAACUGCAGCUGAAGACCCUGAUGCUGCAGAUUGCGAAACAGGAGCUGGAGCGUGAAGCAGAGGAGCGGCGAGGAGAGAAGGGGCGUGUUCUGAGCACGCGGUGCCAGCCUCUGGAGCUGGCCGGGCUGGGCUUCGCGGAUCUGCAGGACUUGUGCCGACAGCUCCACGCCCGCGUGGACAAGGUGGAUGAGGAGAGAUACGACGUGGAGGUGAAAGUCACUAAGAACAUCACAGAGAUCGCAGAUCUGACCCAGAAGAUCUUUGACCUUCGGGGCAAGUUUAAGCGGCCCACUCUGCGUAGAGUGCGGAUCUCUGCAGAUGCCAUGAUGCAGGCACUGCUGGGGACCAGGGCUAAGGAGUCCUUAGACCUGCGGGCCCACCUCAAGCAGGUGAAGAAGGAGGACACGGAGAAGGAAAACCGGGAGGUAGGAGACUGGCGCAAGAACAUCGAUGCGCUCAGUGGAAUGGAAGGCCGCAAGAAAAAGUUUGAGGGCUGAGCCGGCCUGUGCACAGCCCUGGCCCUGGCCCUGAGGAUGGCCCCGAGGAAUAAAGCUUCUCUCUGA